AUGGCUGGCAAAAGUGUGUUCUCGUUUCCCAAUCUCUCGCCGAGCGAGAUCUCCGCGUGCUUGGCUGAAGUGGAAAUCGAAUUCCCGCCUCAGAAGCUCACAGCACCCACCGCGACUGAGAUGCGCAGCGUCUACCGACAGCUGGUACUGCUCCUGCUGGGCAUGCGACCCGAGGAGCUGGAACAGCCCCACUUUGCUGCAUCGCAAGUCCUUACGUACCCCGAGCUCUACGAUGAGGCCAUUCCUGAAAUCGCGUUCGCUCGUGCUCUCAAGAAAUUGAUGGUGAGCGUGGGCGUAAACGAUUUCCAAAUGAGCGACCUCAAUAAGCCCGAGAGCAAGCGCAUGGUGCGCUACCUAUCGGCCAUCAUCAACUUCCUCAAGUUCCGAGGCGAACGCAGAGCCAAGUUCGAUGAAUACGACACCGAGUUUGACGCACUGGAAGAACAGAAAAAUGAACUGGAGUCUAAGAACCAAGAGUGCAAGGAAGAGCUCGACAAGCUCAAGAGGCGACUUCAAGCCGAGCAACCUAUGGUGGACCACUUGACCGCAGAGACGCAGAGCCUGGGCGCCGAGGUCGAGGAGCUCAACAAGUUCCAAUGGCAGCUGCAGCAGGACUGGCGCUCACAGAAGAACGAGCUCAGACGACUUGAGGCUAUCUCCCAAAACAACAUGUUCAAGAUCAUGAACCUCAAGCAAGACGGCCAGAAGCUCCGCUCGCAAAUCGUGCAGGACCCUGAGAAGCUGAAGAAGGCCAUCAUCGACAUGGAAGAGCAGGUCGAAGUAGAGAAGAAGACCAUCGGCGACGCCGAGGUCAAGGCCAGAGAACUGAGCGCUCGUCUGGGGUGCCUCAGGAAGCUCGAGGAGAGCAUCCUCAAGUGCGUUGCGGUCAUGAACGAGUGCUCUGUUGAGACCGACAAGCUGCAGAAGCAGAAGGAGCAGAUCGACGACGCGCAGGCGGGCAUCACAGAGGCCAACGCCGAAUCGAGGGAGCUCGAAAGCAGGCAGCUCUUCCUCGCCAAGCAGCUGCAGGCUGCUGCCGAGAAGCUCGUCCGACUGGAGAAGGUCCACAAGGAGAAGCAGGAGGCUGCUCAGCAGGCCUUGGUCGAGGCCAAGAGCGACAGGACUGCUGCGGAGAAGGAGAGGGAAGAAGCGCAAGCCAAGAUCGAAGAAAACGAGAAGUUCAUUCGCGCCAUGCAGAAGAAGAUCAAUGAGCGGAAGCGGGCGCACAUCGAUGAGAUGACGCUGAUGCGAGAGAAGUACGAGCAGCUCGAGACGCAGGUGCAGGAGUACCACCAUCGCCUCAUCAAGGCCAUGCGGGGAUGA